UGGACUGAAUGUUGAGCAGGUGCCGGAAGGAAAUUUUCAAUUUAUUGUUUCUGUUUCGGAAAUGACGAGCAGUCAGAAUAUACGACAUGUUUGCGCAGGGACGCUGGUCUCGUUUAAACAUGUUUUAACUGCCGAACAUUGUUUAGUUAAUAGAAAUACAACGCUUAUAAAAGUAAUUGUUGGAUCUACUUAUUUGAUUAUGGGAAGAAGGCACAGCAUAUUAUGGUGGAUAGGCUUUGACCAUUGGUCGUCGCAAUUAAAUAUUCGACCGACAUUUAUGAUGAAUGAUAUCGCGAUAAUAAAGUUGAAGGUGCGGAUAAAUUCCAGCAUUAUUCCAGCAACAUUAUCCAAUUAUGAGAAUUCAGCAAUUUUUGGUUUGAACGUAGAAAUAGCUGGAUGGGGCAUAUCGAAUACCGGCGAAGUUGCUCCAAUUAUGGAAAAGAUUAAAGUAACAGUUUUAUCAAAAGACGAAUGCGAAGCAAGAGCAUCGAUACUAGCGGAAGAAGAACUACGAUUUGAGUCUGUCCUUUUCUGCACUGCCGCUAAUCCAUUUGCAUUAGUUAAAAUCAUGGAUAAAUUGUUAGUAUUGCAACUGCUGUCUUUAAUAAAGUGA